GCUUCUUUCAACAGCGGCAACAGUUAGUCAGCCACAUCCGUAGCUUGCUAGCCAAAAUAGCUGAACCAAUAAAGCUAUUUAGACGCUUUAGUGUAUAUUAGCCACUGUGUUUUAAACCCACUUCUGUCGUCUAGUUAGUUAUCCGAUUUAAUUUCAUAUUUACGGCGUUGUUAUUAGUCAGCUAGCGGGCUGGUUAAGUUAGCAUUAGCCUAGCUAGCUAACAUCUCCGACCAUGAGCUUACUAAACUACUCUCGUCCUGCUAAAGAAGAGGAGGUCUGCUGGACGGAGAAAGAAGCUCUCGUCAAAGAGGAGAAGGAAGAGCAUGAUAUCACAGUAAAACAAGAAGUUGAGGAUGAGGCUGUUGUAGUUAAAGAAGAGAAAGACGGUUCGGUGAAAGAAGAGGAAGACGCGUUCAGCGUGAAAGAGGAGGAGGAUGUUGCAGUGAAAGAAGAGGGGGAAGAGAAAGAAGAGGAUGCAGUUUUUGGAGUGAAAGAUGAGGUGGAGAUGACUUUCACAUCGAGAAAGGAGGGGGAAGAAGAGAAGGAAACUGGGUAUCUAGUUCCGGUUUCCCAAACGCAUCUUAAGGCAUCCAGUGGUGAACUUAGCCGUAAAAUGGUUUUGAGAAACCGUUCCCUGAUUAACACUAGAGAGAGACUUGACUAUCGUGGGUCCUCUGGGGAUCCUCAACAACAUCAUGAUGCUGACGAGGCAGAGAAGAGUCUCUCCAGAUCAGAACUCCUCAAGAAACACCUGCAGAGACCCACAGGGAAGAAAUCUAACUGCUGCUCUGGCUGUGGGAAAAGAUUCAACUCUUCAGUAAAACUUAAAAUACAUCAAAGAAUUCACACUGGAGAGAAAUCUUUUGGCUGUGAUCAAUGUGGGAGGAGUUUUACUGCACCUAGCCAUCUGACUAUACACCAGAGAACACACACAGGAGAGAAACCUCAUAGCUGUGAUCAAUGUGGGAAGAGUUUUUCUCGGCCAGACAGCCUGAUGGUACACCAGCGGGGACACACAGGAGAAAAACCUUAUAGCUGUGAUCAAUGUGGGAAGAGUUUUACUACAUCUGGCCAGCUUACUUUACACCAAGAGAAAAUGCACACAGGAGAAAACCUUAUAGCUGUGAUCUAUGUGGGAUAGUUUUACUACAUCUGGCCAGCUGACUAUACACCAGAGAAUGCACACAGGAGAGAAACCUUAUAGCUGUGAUCAAUGUGGGAAGAGUUUUACAUCAUCU